AUGAUAUCUUCAAAUAUUAUCCGAGCAUUGAAUUUGACGAAACAAUCCACUAGAGUGAGUUUUUUUUUUUAAUUAAAUUUAAUCUUGAAAUAGAAUUCAAAAAGGUUUCAGAACACUUGGGUAUUAAAACGUGUAUUCACGCCUGAAUCAACUCCACCUGGCGGAAUUCAGAAAAAUCCGAAUGAUUUCCAUGAUUAUCAAAAAUAUGAAACAGUAGAGGUUGAAACAUUGAAAGCGGCAGGACCUAUUCGAGUUAUUCUAUUAGAAGAUGUUGAGGGAAUCGGUCAUCAGUUUGAUGUUGUAAAUAUUGACAGAACUACAGCCAGAAAAGACUUAUUAUUAUCGAAAAAGGCUGUUUAUGCAUCUCCAUAUGAUUUGAAAUAUUAUUCAGCAAUGAAAGAGGUUCGUUCAGAAAUAAUUAAGUUUUUUUCAGAAUAAUAAGGGAUUAACUUUCAGAGAAUGGCGGAUGAAUUGGCUGCACGUGUCAGAAUACCAUACGAAUUCAAAACAGUUGGAAGAGAUUUGCAGAAAUUAGUGGUUCCAAUCAAAGUAAACAUGGAAAAUAAAUGGGAAAUAAAUCGUAAACUUAUGAAAAGUUCACUUCGGCAAAUGGGCGUAUUUGUAGCUGAAAAUACAAUUCAUCUUGCUGAAAAACAAAUUACUGGACCAAAUUUCGAAUUAGAAGCUAAACUUAUCAGAUUUUACCUUGUUGUAAGUUUUUAUAGAACUUUUUUAUCAACAUUCAAUAUUUUGAAAUGAGAUAGAUAUAUAAGUAGUAACACAUUCAUAAUUGACUUUGUGUUUCAGAUCAAUCAACAAUACAUUGUUCCAAUGCUUGGUAGAAUUUCUCAUAUUUCUGUUGACGAUUCAAAACAAACCCUUUCCUCAUCAUUGACAACCCCAAAAGACGAAGAAUUGCUUCGAUUUAAUAUCCGAAAAGAAUAUCCACUCUACACAAAUUCUCAAGAAUUCACCGAAGAUUUCCCCGUAUUCCAACACAUGCGCGAAAAUGCUCCGUUGAAGCCACAAUAG